UUAGUGAAGGGCAAUAAAAGGUGUCAUUGAAGGCGAAGGCGAAGAAGUGCAUCGGCGGAGUUAGAUGCUGUGCGCUCCGCGGCGUGGUUUACAUCACGUCAGGUUGCGCCUUUAGUGGCCACCAUCACCAUCGCCAACAUCUUCGCCUUUGCCACGUGGUAGUGCAGCUGCAUCGGAACCCCACCCGGCAUCAUCAUGGAGUCAAUGGAGUACGAAGAGGCGCGCAAUAUGACGCUGCUGUUCUUUCUGGAGCGCCUCCUCGAUCGCGGCGAACCGAGAACGCUGCACGACCUUUCCUGCCAGUUUGGGGCGCGCGGAUUCACCAAAGAAAUGCGCCAGAUCGCCGGUGGUAGUCAAUCAGGCCUAAAGAAGUUUCUUGCUCAAUAUCCGGCCCUGUUCGAGAUAAAUGGUGAUUUUGUGCACAUCAACUCGUACCAGUCGAACAACCAGGAUGAUUCGUCGGUUUCGGGAAAACGAGAUUACAUUAAAGAGGCGAAAGACUACUUCAAGCACAAGCUGCUCCAGUACGGCAAAGGCACGGAGGUGCCCAUUCGCAGUCUGCUCGGGCACCGUAGCCAGGCGUCGCCUCAAGUGCGCCACAUCUCCGGACAGCACAUUCGCGAGUUUACCGAGUUUCUCCUCAAGCACCCGGACACGUUCCAGGUGAUCGAGAAUGAGAGCGUCGUGCUGGUGGGCUGUGAGGACGAAGAAGAGGUGCCGGCAUCCGAGAGGCUCCACCUGCCAAACUCGACGAUCGAUACACAAGCGACUCAGCAGCUGCUGGACUCGUUCGCUACGGUGAUCGAGAUCAAGGGCCCCAUCUUGGUCGAUCAGCUGUUCCACAUGGUGACGUCGAACUUCCCGCAGGAGCAGUGGUUUCACAUGUUUAAGAACCCCAGCGAUCUGAAAACGUUUUUGAAGCUGUUCUCCGACUGCUUCCACAUCCAGUCCAAUCUAGUCACGCUGCUGCAGAAACCGAAACUGUCCGAUGCGCACAUCCGCCAGGCGCAGGACAAGUUGAACCUUUCCAACAGCACUUUCCAGGGUGGUCAGCAUCAUCAGAGUAAUCAUAGCUUAGGUAAUAUCAGUAGCCACAGCGGUGGGUCUUCCGGGAGUCCACAUAAUCUACAGGCCGGCGGUUACAUCGGCCGGGACGUCGGCGGAGGCAGCGGCAGCAGCAUGAUGGGUAGCGCGAACGGAAGUAGCAACACCAGCCGGACGGCUUCACCGAAGAAUAUGAUCGGAGAUUUCAAGCUAAACGAACCGGUUUCGGUGGGCCUCGGUGGAGGCGCGGCCAACGUGUCCAAUGCUUCGACGCUGGUGUCGACCAUGAAAAGCGAACCGAACAGUGGCUUCGAUAGUUUGCUCAUAACGAACGAUUUCAAAAUGGAAAAUCUGUGCCCCAGAAACUGCCCAAUGCUAACGAGCUACUCGACGACGACAAAGCUCCUGCCGUCGCCAAUGGCUAGGACGAACGAUACCGGAACGAAUACGGGUUUGGGGUCAGGAGCGACGAUCACUCAGGACUCCCGGGUAGGGAGCGAUAGAACCGCCAGCAGCAGUAGUGUACCGACAUCCAAUACCGUCACUAGCAGUGGUGGUGGUGGUGCGGCUGUGAGUCCCAAAAAUCAAACGCUCAAGCAACGCAUCAAUAGUCUCGUGAUCAAAACGCUUGCCGAGAACCUGGAGAAGGAUAAACACUCGAUGAGUGCGAUCCAGCUGCAGCAACAGCAGCAGCAACAACACGCGGUCUCGCCACCCGGUCCUGGGACGACGGGCGGAACCGCCGGGGGUGGUCAGGGAGGCGCCAUGUCUCCGACGCCUCCUCCGGUGGCGUCCGUCGGUAGUGGUAAUGCAAGUCCGGUCCACUCGAACAACUACUUCAUUGGCGAUACGUGGAAAAUCAAGGUGCUACAGAAUACGCGGGUAAUUGCUACGGUUAAAGAAUCACUGUUCGUGACCAACGCCAUCCUAAGGUCCGCCCUUGAGGAACAGGCCAUCGUUUCCUUCGACUGUGAGGGCAUCAAUCUGGGCGUCCGUGGCCAGAUAACGAUGGUACAGCUUGGCACAACGCGUGGCGAAGCGUUCAUUUUCGACAUUGCCACCUGUCCCGAUAUGGUAGUGGAAGGAGGGCUGAAGGAGAUUCUCGAGUCUGAGAAGGUGGUAAAGGUGAUACACGACUGCCGGAAUGACUCGGUCAAUCUGUUCAACCAGUUCCAGAUACUGUUGCGGAACGUGUUCGAUACUCAGUCUGCACACGCGGUGCUGCAGUUCCAGGACCAGGGCAAGCAGGUGUACAAGGUCAAGAACGUAUCCCUCAAUACAUUAUGCGAGAUGUAUAAUGCAACCGUGAACCCGAUGAAGGACCAGCUAAAGAACGUCUAUCGGCGCGACCAGAAGUACUGGGCGCGGAGGCCAUUGACACGGGAUAUGCUGCUGUACGCUGCCGGAGACGUGUUGAUUCUGAUCAAUGAACAACUCUACCUCAACAUGGCGACAUCAAUCAAGUCUGAAUACCGUGAGCUGCUGUCGGAGCUGUGUACUGAGCAGAUUUUAAUGCUAAUCCGCCCAGUGGACGUAAAGAUGCGCAAGAAGCAGCGGAAAGUGCGAUCGGAAAUUCAGGACCUUAAGGUGAAACUAAAAUCCGCCAGCAAAAACAUUGUCCUGAGCAAUCGAGAGAUCAGACUGUUGAGGUAUAUGGAUUUGACGGAGGAGGAAAAGGAGAAGCUGAGAGUGUCGUACAAGGUAGCGAAAAAGUUGGACAAACUGGAAAAUUACGACCGCGAUCGCUGUGAUCAGAGCGAUUCGGACGAUGAGUGUGACGCCACGGAGCAGGACUACCAGAGUAUGGACAGUGUUCCGUCCGACAACUCGCUACCUGGGACGGGUACGGCAGGCAGUGGAACGUUUUCACCGAAGAGCUCCGAGCCGCCCAGUCUGACCGAGUCAAUGCAGCUGAUGGACGAGAUCCUGUCCAACACAACGAUGGAUCGAAUGGCCAAGAUCGACAAACUGGAAGCGAUCCUUUCUGCCGCUACGCUACUGCCGAACGAUCAGUCGUUCGCGGACACUAUGUCCAGCUUCAAUGCCAAUACAAUUGUAGUAACGAACGAUAAUGUUCUACAGCCAGCAAAGGAGAAAGACGCCAAAGGGCGUACGAACAAACCCGGUUCGAAAAUAGCGGCACGUUUGCAACACUCCGUAACGCCUCCACCAGCUCAAGUAACCGGCCACUAUCAGCAUUCAGCACAGCACCAACAGAUGCCACCGAAGGAAACGAAGGAUGCGGGAUGUCAAACGCUCAGCACGGGCGAUAUUGUGAUUACGAAGAUAUUUUUCAAGGAGGAUCAAGACAAGGCGAAGGCGCAAUCGUCCGCCGACAACAUGCUCACCACACCGUCGACGGCUCAGCCGACGGACAUGCUCAAGAAAAACGGUACUACCGGUGGUGGCGCUCUCGAGAUGAUGGCCAGCGGCAAGCAAGCGCAAGCGCAGAGUGCCUGAGAGCAGUCGGAACGCCGGCGAGAAGAUAAGAAUGCGAUCGUCACCUCUGCACGAUCGUGUUCUUCGCGACGAAGAGCGAGGAAAAGAGCGUCGAUAGGAUUAGCACCACAGCCCUAUUUAGGUUGUAGCUGAUCGACGCGGCGUUGAUUGGGGUAGUGCUUUUUACGAAGGUACGAUUUUAAGAUGACCUGUGAGAGGUUGGUGGUACCCUCAUUCGAUUGUUGAAUUGAACAAUAACGACCCACGAACGCAUAUUACGACGAACGCCUUUUGAUAAUCGAACGCAGCAGCAAUAAUUUAUACAUUAAUUUAUUAGUGAUAUAGGACGAAACAUAUACACCCCAACUACACACACACAUACUCUUUUCCCCUGCCUGAAGCGGACCACAAAGGACUAUAUAAACAUAUUUUAUACUUCAUAUUUAUACCAACGAUUACGAAACUCAUAGAGUGAGACAAACGAAUAUGAAACUACUCCACUGUCUGUGGAGCAACUAUCGGCAAACGGCUUCGCGAAUUGACAAAAUGCAGUUCCGUAUAGCGAGUGAGAAUCAAGUUAAUGGAGAAAAUUCGUGUUUCUUUGCCCGCUGUCUGCUGGGCAUUAACUUUUUAUAGUUAAAUUAACUAUACAUAUAAAAAUAAUUUAGUAAAAAAUCAAUAAUUACAUCCACGUAAACGCAAAUAACGAAUGCGGAAGCAGGAACGUAUGAAUAUUUACGCAUGCUAGGGGCACCCGAAGUAGACGGCAUCAGAUCGACUGUUUUAGAGCCUUUCGAUAGUUAACAGAAUAGAGGGAAUACAUAUAUAUAUAUAAUUUAUAUACACAUACAAAACGAUUAGCCAGCAAACUGUGAAUUAACCAAUCAAAAGCAAGGCACGUAAAAGUAAUUGCUUGUUCGACGUUACUCAAAGCGCAGCGCCUGUAACAUAUAUAUUCUAACAAAGGCCUUGUUUAGUAGAACUUCUCGAACGUCGACAUGAUCCUUAUGGGACAAAUUUUUCGAACUAAAGGAUAAACAUUGCACUAGAAUGGGCAACAUAUCUUAUGUUGUUUGCCGAUAAGAAGGCUUUUUUUGGAUUUCCACCGUGAUGGAACAAUUUGGUUUGGUGCAAUAUCUGUUGAACUAACAUUUUUUUUGAUCAAUUAAAAUUGUUGAGGUGAUACGCCUUUAAAGGCGUGCAGGUUUUUAUAGUUUAGAGAAGAAGAUUGCGCAAAACGGGAAGAAAAACGAGUGAUUAGCGAAACGAACGAAUUAGCAAAAUGAUAGUAUUUGGCAUUGUUUUGAAAUCAAUAUUGAGUGAACUUUGUGUGUGAAGCAUUGCUUGUUACUGCGGCACGUACCAGAUUACAUAUAUCGAACGAGAAUGUGCAUUGCGCAACAAAUAUUGUAAACCUAAAACCUUAUGUUAGUAUCACUAACUGCAAGCAUAUUAUUUGAACUGUUAAAGUAAUCAGCCGUGUAAGUGCGCUCAUGGGGCAAAGGGAGAUAAACUUGAAACACUGAUGAAUUGUAAAUGAACACCGAG